AUGUCUGCUCCGACUCUGGUCACCCGUUGUCCGACACGGGUGUUGUUGAAAGGUGCUGCCAGCUCGAGAAUAGGUCGCCCGGCAUAUACACUUCGAGAUGUUGCCUUCCGCCAGACACUCCCCGCCCUCUCCGCCCUUUCCCGAUAUUAUGCCUCCAAGUCAUUCCCACCUCACACGGUCAUCAGCAUGCCGGCCUUGUCACCCACCAUGACUGCCGGAAACAUUGGAGCCUGGCAGAAGAAAGUCGGCGACACUCUAGCUCCAGGAGAUGUCCUGGUCGAGAUUGAGACAGAUAAAGCACAAAUGGAUUUCGAGUUCCAAGAGGAGGGUAUACUCGCCAAGAUCUUAAAGGAGAGUGGAGAGAAAGAUGUUGCCGUCGGAAACCCAAUUGCUGUCAUGGUCGAAGAAGGUACAGAAAUCUCUAGCUUUGAGUCAUUCACUCUCGAUGAUGCGGGUGGGGAGAAAGAAGCUCCAAAAGAAGCGCCAAAGGAGGAAGCUUCUCAGUCAUCUGAACCUCCAGCUUCUGGGGCUUCGACAGCACCUCCUCCUGCAAAGGAAGAGCCAGCAUCUCAAACUCAAGACUCCGAGCCCACUGGAGGCAGAUUACAGACUAGUCUUGACCGCGAACCAAACGCCAGUCCUUCGGCAAAAGCAUUAGCCUUGGAGAAGGGAGUCCCACUUGGAUCCAUCAAAGGCACCGGUCCAGGUGGUCGCAUCACCAGAGCCGAUGUCGAGAAGUACAAGCCGUCGGGCGGGGCUGCUCCAUCUAGUCCUGCUGCGGCGGGCCCUAGCUACGAAGACAUACCUGCCAGCUCGAUGAGAAAGACGAUUGCGAACCGCCUGAAGCAAUCUAUGAACGAGAAUCCACACUACUUUGUCUCUUCUACAAUUUCAGUUUCUAAGCUGUUGAAGCUGAGAGAAGCACUGAACGCUUCUGCUGACGGCAGAUACAAGCUAUCGGUCAACGAUUUUUUCAUAAAGGCAUGCGCGGUUGCAUGUAAAAAGGUCCCCACCGUCAACUCUAGCUGGAGAGAAGAGAACGGUCAGACGGUGAUCCGUCAGCACAACACGGUCGAUGUGAGCGUAGCAGUUGCUACCCCUAUUGGUUUGAUGACACCGAUUGUGAAGAACGCUGAUUCAAUUGGACUGUCUUCUAUCUCGUCCCAAGUAAGAGAUCUCGGAAAACGAGCAAGAGAUGGCAAACUUAAGCCUGAAGAAUAUCAAGGGGGCACAUUUACUAUCAGCAAUAUGGGGAUGAACGCGGCGGUUGAGCGGUUUACGGCCGUGAUCAACCCGCCGCAGGCUGGAAUUCUGGCUGUUGGGACAACUCGCAAAGUUGCAGUUCCGUUAGAAACAGAAGAGGGUCCUUCGGUAGAAUGGGACGACCAAAUCGUGGUGACGGCCAGCUUUGACCACAAGGUGGUGGAUGGCGCGGUGGGAGGCGAGUGGAUCAAGGAGUUGAAAAAGGUUGUUGAAAACCCGCUGGAGAUGAUGCUUUAG